CAAUGACCGGUUUUAUGGGCAGACGUUUUGUCAAAUACAAAAUUGAAAGCUUUUACUUCCGGUAAAAAUAUUUAGAAUUCUUGGGUGUGUCAUUAAAAUUAAACACACAAAAUGUCUCAGAUGAGUGAAGAUCAGAUGAAUGACAUCAUGGAGGUGUUUAAUCUCUUUGACAACAAAGGCGAUGGCAAAAUUGCUGCCAGUCAGCUUGGUGAUUGUCUGCGCUCUCUUGGACAAAACCCUACAGAACAAGACAUUAGGAAAUGUGGAUAUGUCAAUAAUCCAGAUGCCAGAAUCUCAUUCGAAGUGUUUCUUCCCAUCUUCCAAACCAUCAACCGAAGUAGAGAGCAGCACAGUGCAGAGGAUUUCACCGAGGGAUUUAAAAUGUUUGACAAGGAGCAGAAUGGCUUCAUCAGCUCUGCAGAACUCCGACAUAUACUCACAUGUCUAGGUGACAAGUUGACAGACGAGGAGUGUGACCAGCUGUUCCAGGGCAUGGAGGACGCACAGGGAAACAUCAACUAUGAGGAUUUUGUGAAGAAUGUAAUGUCUGGUUGAAGGGACAGUUAUGCUAGCCAAAACAUCCAUUGACAGCCUACAUUGACAUUAUAUACCAGAAUGGAAAAUCACAGCAACACUGCCGCUCUCAUGAAAAACCUUUCGGAAUUCAUUACAUGUAUAUUAAAAAUGGUUAAUUGUUAAAGUUUAUGAUUGUUUUACUGGAAUACAAAAUCUCCAAAAUGCCUUAUAUGAUACACUCAACAACAUUAAUUAAGGGUCACCAAUACAUUUGAUCAUAUAUUGAUUCAGAAUAACUGAUCUGAUGACAAAAGCCUACUGCGAAGGUUGCAAACAGAGUAAUUCUGUAAAAAACUAGGUCUUAAGACUACAGGAGUGUAUUAUGAUUAAAAAUUAAAUCUGAAAAAAAAAAACAGUUGUUAGAAUAAGUGACCUGGAAAUAAUGUUGUUGAGUGUAUCUUUAAAUGCUUUUUUUGCAAUUUAAAUAAAAUCAAAGUAAUUUUUGUUGAUAAUAGCUUCAUUUGGUACUUGGUUUUUUGUAUAUUUACGUGCAUGUUUUCAUCACUGUAAAUACUAAAGUGAUAGUGUAGCUUACUAGUGAUGUAUUUUUUUUACCUUAUAAUCGUUUGUAGUUUUUGUUAAGUCUCUUUAUUAAAGAACAAAACCCAAUGAUUAUCCUAGAACACAAGUGCUUAUGUCGUUGUUUUACAUUGUAAUAAAAAGCAUUCCAUUUGUGUUGGACCACAUUAUUAGCAUUUUUUUCUCUCAGAAUGCUGGAUCUAUGCAAGCAUUACUUACUAUUUUUUCAAGAAAAAGUGUGAUUUUCUUUCGUUGACUUAUAGUUGCUUAAACUUGCUAUAUUGUGCAUACUUACUGUACAACUAUUAUACAUGUAGCCACAAUUUUUGUAAUAAAAUGUGAAGAUUGUA